AUGUUCCCUUCACAGGAGAAGAUGAGCAGCUGCGCUUGCCCAGGUCACCGGCGGCAACAUCCUCACACGAUCCUCUGCAACAUCUUGAGCUGGAGGGACACUAGCCACCUCCACAACAAGCUGAACCACACCAUCACGGGGCACAGUUGUGUGUGUGAACAGGGCCGGACCGUUUGCCUGAAGAACCCUGAUGCGACCUGUCCGGUGGCUUCCAGCGUCCUGGUCAAGACUGUGCUCUUCAUGAGGGGCCUGCCAUCUUUCACUCAGCUUCCAGCUAGAGAUCAGUUUCUGUUGCUUGGGGACAGCUGGGCGCCCCUCUUUCUGCUAGGGCUCGCCCAAGAACGGGUUGUCUUUGAGGUGGCGGACGUGCCACAUUCGAGCAUGCUGCGGCAAAUUUUGCUCGGGCAGAGACAGUCUGACAAGGAGGCCGAUGGGACCGGCUUGCCGCCGACUCACAACACGGUCCACAAACUCCAAACUCGCUUGCGCCGGCUGUGGAAUCUGGAUCUCAGCCCAAAGGAGUACGCCUACCUGAGGGGUGUCAUGCUGUUUAACCCAGAUGUUGAAGGUUUGACAGCCUCGUUCUUCGUCGAAGGCCUUCACCGGGAGGCUCAGAGAGCUCUCCAAGAGGUCAUCCAGCUUCUGCACCCAAAGGACACCGGCCGGUUGGGCUGCAUCCUCUCAGCAGCCUCUUCCAUUCAGACUGUCAGCCAAAACCUAGUCCUGGAGCUGUUUUUCAGGCCCGUUGUUGGCAACGCAAGUCUUUUGGCUCUAUUAAGCGAGAUGUUAUUCAUCCAGCAGGAUUACAGAUGA